UAUUAUUAGUAAGCAGAAUUCAACAGAAGAAGAAAACACAAUGAAAAAAGUUGAACAAAUCUCAUUUAGAUGAUUUUUUGAUUUUCGAUCAUAAUGGGGAGUUACAAAAUGUUCAUGUGUUUUAGUAGAAAAUUUAAGGUGCAUGAAACUCAAACACCACCAGAAAUGAAAGUUGUGUUUGGGAAAUAUACACAGUCGGGUUCUUUGAUGACAGCCAAUCAGCUACAUGAAUUCCUGGUUCAAUUUCAAGGCGAAAAGGAUGCAACCAUACCUGACGCCGAGAGGAUUAUAGAACAGAUCAUGCAUAGACGCCACCAUAUUUCUAGAUAUACAAGACACGCUCUUACUUUUGAUGAUUUUCUUCAAUUCCUUUUUUCUGAAGAUCUUAAUCCAUCUCUCAAAUCCCGGGUGCACCAAGAUAUGACUGCUCCAUUGUCCCAUUAUUUCAUAUACACGGGCCAUAAUUCUUACUUAACUGGGAAUCAACUUAGUAGUGAUUGCAGUGAUAUCCCAAUCAUAAAGGCUUUGGAGAAGGGCGUACGAGUUAUCGAGCUUGAUAUAUGGCCGAAUUCCUCUAAAGACGACGUAAAUGUUCUUCAUGGAAGGACAUUGACAACUCCGGUGUCACUUAUCAAAUGCUUGCGGUCUAUCAAGGAGUAUGCUUUUAUGGCUUCUCCUUACCCUGUGGUAAUUACUUUAGAAGAUCAUCUUACUCCAGAUCUUCAGGCUAAAGUAGCUAAGAUGGUAACUGAAACAUUCGGAGAUAUGCUAUAUAUUCCUGAAACAGAACACUCAGAUGCAUUUCCAUCUCCAGAAGCAUUGCAGUAUCGUGUUAUGCUUUCGACUAAACCACCGAAAGAAUAUCUCGAUAGUACUAAGAGUUUUAAGGAUAAGGGAAAAGAGUCAUCUGAGGAUGAGACAUGGGGAAGAGAAAUCCCAGACCUUAAGGAGGAGCUUGAGGCUUGUGAAAAGAAGAUUAGCGUUUGCAUGGACAAAAAUCCGGAUGACGAUGGCGAUACAAGUGAUUAUGAUAUCCGUAAAUCACAACAGUUAGGUCCAACAGAAUAUAAGCGUUUAAUUGCAAUUCAAGCUAAAAAACGUAAAGGAGGGUUGAAAGAAUCGCUGAAGGUUAAUGCUGCUAAAGUUGGACGCCUUAGUCUGAGUGAACACGCCUUUGAAAAGGCUACAAUAUCAAAUGGAACGGACAUUGUUAGAUUUACCCAAAAGAAUCUACUGAGGGUAUAUCCAAAAGGCACACGAGUUAACUCCUCCAAUUACAAACCAUUACUUGCAUGGAUGCACGGAGCCCAAAUGGUUGCGUUCAACAUGCAGGGAUACGGUAGAGCAUUGUGGUUGAUGCAAGGUAUGUUCAAGUCUAAUGGAGGGUGUGGGUAUGUGAGAAAACCUGAUUUCCUAACAGGAGAGUGUAACAAGGUCUUUGAUCCCAGAGCAAGAUUACCUGUGAAGACAACAUUAAAGGUAGAUGUAUACAUGGGAGACGGAUGGCGUUUAGAUUUCGACAAAACACACUUCGAUUCAUACUCUCCGCCAGAUUUCUAUGCAAAGGUUGGGAUAGCCGGAGUUCCAGCUGAUAGUAUGAUGAAAAAAACCGAGAUAAUUGACGAUAAUUGGACACCGGUUUGGGACACGGAAUUUUGGUUCCCACUAACUGUUCCUGAACUGGCAUUGUUAAGGAUAGAAGUACAUGAAUAUGACAGGUCAGAGAAAGAUGAUUUUGGUGGGCAAAAUUGCUUGCCUGUAUCAGAGUUGAGAUAUGGGAUUCGGACAGUCCCAUUGUUUGAUAGGAAAGGAGAAAAGUUCAAGUCUGUAAAGCUUCUUAUGCAGUUCCAGUUUGUUUGAUCUCUCAGUGACAUUGGACCAUAUCCAUGAUUACAUACGACAAGCAAUACUCGCACAUAUAAACAAAGCUUAAAACCAAAACAAGUCUCAAUGACACUUCCGGUUUGUAACUCAUUACACUCAGUUCAAAAUUUUGGUGUCUUAGUACCAAACAGGAUUUCCAAUGUUACACCUAAUGUAAUAUAUUUAGAUUGACUCGACACUCAUUCAGGCUUUAUAUAAUCAUCGAUCUAUCAGAAGAAAGAAGAAAAGAAAAAGAAGAAUUAAAUGGUGAAGAUGAUCCAUGUUUAUCCUAUAAUGGUAAAGAUGAUCCAUGUUUAUGAUAUUAAUGAGAUCCCUAGGGUUAGAAUUUUUAACAUUUAAAAAAAUUAUCUUGUUUUGUAUUUCCAUACCAGAUGAUGCAAGCUAUUUUAGGCCAAAACUCCUCAAAUCUAUUACUAGUUGUUGUCUUGUUUUGUAAAUUAUCAUUUACUAGUUGUUGCGCACGUGCAACUAGAUGUUUUGCUGGAAGAAAUAUGUUUUAGUGCUAAGUUUUUUGGGAUUCUUUUUCUU